AAAAGCGUGGAACAUACAGUUCCGAACUUCUGAAAGUUCGGACGGCCAGAGUGGUAGAAUGCUUUUCGAAACGGUUGUGACGUAUCUAAGUUAGAUAACUGUGUGGUAUAGUGUGGUGGAGAUUCCGGCGAAGGCUCAACUGUAUAUUCCACGCCCUAAUGGCUCUCCUGACAAACCUCUAGGCUUCAAUGCUGUGGCUCCACCCCAUAUUUACACGUCCUUUCCCCUUGCCAGCCAAGGUAUACUCUAGGAACUUCUGGAGAUCUUCCGUCGCCUCACGCAUUCCGCAGUGGUAAUGGCUACGCUACAGACUACCAUAUGCAGCGUCAGGUGCAUGAUAACGCGACAUAGCAUUACUAAUUUUCCUAUACAAUCCCGCACCCCAGUUCCCCAAACCGGAGCUCUUGCUCAAUUUCUGACAGCCACUUCCAAUGAUAGAGCCGCGAGAUUCGUCUGCAGAGCCAGCACCAAGCCAGCGACGGUAGCGUCUCCGUCGCAAGAGCUAUCAGGCGAUCAGCUGCUGCAAUGGCUAGAAUGCAGAGCGAUGCUUGAAACUCUCGGUAUGGAGGAAGCUGCCGCCGAAACAGUGCUCGCGAAAGCCUUCGGAUGGACAGCCAGAUCGUACUGGCGAGACGAGAUCGUCAACGUCGUUCCAUCGCCUGAUCAAAUCUCGUCCGUUCUUUCUUUCCUCCGAGAAACGGCCAAAUUUCAGGAUGCCGAUUUCAAGAAAUACUUCGGAGAAUUUCCCCAGGUGUUGGCGUGCAGCGUGGAGAAGCGGUUGACGCCGAAUGUCGCGAAGCUGGACCGCGAAUGGCGGAUCAGCGGCGAUGCCCUGCGCGGUGUGCUGCUAAGGAACCCUCUGGUGCUCGGAUACACGCUUGACUGUAAAGGGGAUUGCGAAUCGGAAUGUGACUAUUGCUGGGCCCGUUUCUGAGGCGUUUUCAGUCAAAAUGAUGAGAAUAAUAUGGCAUACCCUGUGGGCUGUGGCUUCUGAAGCCAUUGAGAGCACCAGUGGCAUGUCUUAUUAUCUGGAACAGAAGUUGAUCACCUCCACGUGGCUUUGGCAGGUGGUAUUUCAAAUUAUUUCUCUUUCUUGGUGUGCGUACUACACUAAUGUGUACCAUACAACACUUCGACCAGCUGAAGAUGUUUGUUAGCUAAUACAACAAUUAGAGUCAU